AUGAUCCGUUCUGCAUUUACCCGUCUUGGUCUAUCCCACUCCAUUCGUCGCUACAGUAAGCCAGCAAUAAUGUCGUUGAAGGCAAUCUCGGCCAAAGAUGCCGCAUCGCUUGAUAAAGACCUUAUGGAGACCGGUGGCUGGUCUCUAGACCAGUUGAUGGAACUAGCGGGCCUUUCCGUCGCGCAAGCCGUUUGGAAAGUUCAUCCGCUAAGCGCAGGCAAGAAUAUCCUGGUUGUCUGUGGACCAGGCAAUAAUGGAGGAGAUGGCCUCGUAGCCGCUCGACACCUAGCUCACUUCGGCUACACACCAUCGGUGUACUACCCAAAGCAGGGAAAAAACGAACUCUACCAACGUCUCAAAACCCAGCUCCAAAACCUCUCUGUCCCCUUCAUAGACGACUUCCAAUCAACCCUAAAGACAACAGACUUCCUCGUUGACGCCAUCUUCGGCUUCUCCUUUGGCGGUCCAUUGCGCGAUCCCUUUGGCGAAAUCGUCUCGCAAAUCGAAUCCUCCAACGUCCAGGUGCUGAGUGUCGAUGCGCCUAGCUCGUGGGAUAUCCAGAGCGGACCACCGAAGGAAGGUCACGGUGCGAGAUUCAUGCCGCAUGCACUGAUUAGUCUAACUGCGCCUAAGCCGUGUGUGGCGUUCUAUCGGGGAAGACAUUUUAUCGGUGGUAGGUUUUUGACGAAGGGCAUUGCUGAUAAGUAUGGGCUUGAUUUGCCCAAAUAUCAGGGCGUUGAUCAAGUUCUGGAGAUUGGGGUUGAUGCGGAGGGAAAAUUGUAA